GUCGACCGUUCAACUCCAACAUCGCUAUAGUCCAAUUGAGUUCAGCUGCACAUAGAAGUAGUCGAAGGAUUAGCCGCCAAUAACUCACAGGAUUGUGCAGUAUCUGGUGACAGCCAUGUCUACAAAGCAAACGGAUACCGGCAUCUAUUAGACAAUAUCACUGCCGCCAAUGCAUGUACACAAAAGUAGCUGCAUGGGAGAUCUGAUCGUCCAUUUAAUGCUGCUGACUGAAAUACGAGCCGCGAUACAGAGCAACGUUCAAAGCUUAACGGGUCACAUCUCAUCCUCUGCCAAGAAACUGACCAUACCCAUUCCUGGUAUGGAUAUAAAGUACCCAGGCGCCCACUCGAAUAUUGUACACUGAACAUCACGGCAAACACAUCCAUUUAGUACCUAGCCCAGCCUCAAUCAUGACACUCCCAACAUAUUCAGAUACGACAAUCAGCAGAAAGACAGCUUGGUCUGGAAAAGUCCUGAUACCACUAUGGACGCUCCAGAUCGCGGCGAGUUUCUUGAACAUCGUCAGCUACUGCAUGUAUCUAUCGCAAUACCAGGACGACAGUCACUGGUCUAACAUUGAAAUAAACAAAAGCACCAAGACCUUCUCAUACAUCUCAGCAGUGAUUCUUAUCUUUCUUUGGGCUCUUGCUCUCUUCAUGAUCGUCUUCCAGAUUGUCAGAUUUCACAAGAAGAAUCUUCCCGCAAAGACGAUGCUUACAAUGCAAACCAUACUCUUCGUCUUCUCUGUCAUUUGUUUCGCCCUGGAACUCCUUGGAAUCUUUGUUCUUACAGGUGGAUACAAGACGAUUCUGGAUUUCUUCGGAUCCGGCUUUGCAAUGUUCUUCUUCCUGGGUACAUUCAUUUAUACAAGCGUCAUUCAUCGCAGACGUAAGUUGGCAAAGAGAGCAUCGAAGAAUUCGUACGGCAUGCAAAACUAUGAUGAAGAAGCUGUUCCCUCCAAGAACAACACCAAAGUCAGUACGGUUGAAUAGUUGUGCAGGAGAAGGAGUCGCGAUCAUGAUCAAGGCCCAUCACACAAUUCUCGGGAGCCGAGAAGUACUGUUGACGAAGCCACAAGACAGUUUGUAAUCAAUGAGGAACAUUAUCCAAUCAUAAUGCGUGACCGCCUGAUUCCAUCACUACCAUCUAAAAAGACGCAUGUAUCCUGACACACAUGUCGGGAUUGGGGGUAUAUGAACGACACACUGACAACAAAAAUCGAGAGCAUCUCUAUCUCUAAGCUUCAGAGCCCUUGGGUCUGACAUCACUCAU